AUGGUGCAAGUGGGCGAUAAGCUGUUCGAAUUCAACCUCGGCAGCUCUUUUGCGUCGGCUGCUUUCACACCCUUGCGCUUGUUCCGGCUGCCCGACACAAUGCCCUUCAAUACGGCAUUGACACGGAAAUUGGGCAUCGCAGUUCCUAUAAUUCAAGGGGGCAUGCAAUGGGUCGCAUACGCAGAGCUUGCUGCUGCGGUCAGCAAUGCUGGUGGCCUGGGAAUACUUUCAGCUCUAACACAACCAACCCCAGAGGAUCUCCGAAAGGAGAUCCGUCGUUGCCGCGAAAUGACCAAGAAUCCCUUCGGAGUAAACCUGACCUUACUGCCCGCGCUCGUGCCUCCAGACUAUGCUGCUUACGCGCAAGUGAUCAUCGAUGAGGGUAUCAAGAUUGUUGAGACGGCAGGAAACAAUCCUGGUGCUGUCAUCGACCAGCUCAAGAAAUCCAACUUGACUAUCUUACACAAGUGUACGACGAUCCGCCAUGCCAAGUCAGCCAUCAAGCUAGGUGUGGACUUUCUAUCUAUUGACGGGUUUGAAUGUGCCGGCCAUGUUGGUGAGCACGACAUCACCAACUUUAUCCUCUUGAGUCGGGCUCGCCAGGAACUCAAGGUACCAUUUAUCGCAUCCGGCGGAUUUGCCGAUGGCCAGGGGCUAGCAGCGGCAUUGGCACUCGGCGCAGAGGGAAUCAAUAUGGGUACACGAUUUAUGUGUACCGUUGAAUCACCUAUCCAUCAUCGGAUCAAGGAACGUAUCGUCGCUGCAGACGAGAACCAGACCGCGUUGGUACUACGCCGGUGGAGGAACACAUCGCGACUCUUCAAAAACAAGAUAGCGGAAGAUGCGCUCAAGGUGGAGAAGGAGAGUACGACCGGUGAUUUCAGUGAGGUUGCUCCCCUUGUGAGUGGCAAGCGAGGACGCGAGGUGUUCCUGAAUGGAGACGCUGAACAUGGUGCUUGGACUGCUGGUCAGGCUAUUGGGUUGAUUCAUGAUAUUCCUACCUGUUCUGAGCUGCUUCCUCGCAUAGAGCGGGAAGCUUUGAAUGCGAUGGAGCGUACGCGAUCGAUGUACACCCAAGAGAGCAAGCUCUAG